AUGAACUACAGUUCAUUAAAAAAGAACCUUGUGAUUAACUUCGAAAAUUUUAUGAAUCCAUAUGAUUUCAAUGAAAAGAAAAAGAGGAAGGAGAAAAAUAUUUGUGAAAUAAACACACAAAAAAGAAAAAAAAAAAAUGUAGACGAUUUGAUAGAAGAUGUUGUAAAGGAGGAUAUGUUGUAUUAUGAUAAAAGAAAGAAAAGUCAGAUCGAAAAAAAAGAAUUAAAUGUAUUGUUAGAAAUUGAUGAUAUAUUAAAAGAAAAUGUAAAUGAUAAGGAAAAGAUUAUAACAAAUAUGAAAGUAAUAAAUGAUGAAAAAAAAAAAAGAAGUGGUGAAAAGAUAACACUUUAUGGUAAUAAAAAUGUAGCUAGCCAAAACAAAGAAAUUCAUAUUAAAGAGAAAAAAAAAAUAUAUAUUAAUAGUAAUAGUAAUAAUAGUAAUAAUAAUAUUAUUAAGAAUGAAGAAUGUGAAGAAAGUAAUAUGGAUGAGAAAAAAAAAAAUAUGGAUAUCAUAGAAGUUAGUUUUAGCAUAAUAAAUAAAUGGAGAAAUCACAAUGAAUUGAUUGAAUUUGUGAAAAAUAAUUUGAAGAAUAAUGAAUUUAUAUAUGUCAAGAGCUUGCCGAAUUUUUCUUACGAACUAGCGUGUUGUGAAAAUAAAAAAAAAGUGGACGUGCUGUCUAUUUCUCUUAAUGGUGUCAUGAUAAACGAAAAGAAUGAAACGACAUUCUAUGAACUGAAUGAAUGGAAGUGUCAUAUGAAUUUAUUAAGGAGCGCUUUAGAUUUAAAUUUUAUACGUAAAUAUAAAUUAUAUAAAUAUUUUUUUUUUUUAAAAAAUAUGAUUAAGUGCACAAAAUUUAAAAAUAAAAAAUAUUAUAUAAAAGAGAAUUUAUUAUUUUUGAAUGAAGCGUUUUUUAAAGGUUUUAUAAAAAUAGAAAAAGUAUUAAAACAUAUAAACAAAACAAAGUUAAUAGAUAUAAAUAUAAAUAAUAUGACUAUAGAUCAAUAUGUAGAAUUACAAGAUGAAUAUAUGUUGAAAUUUGAUAGUUUUCUUAAUAACAAAAUUAAAUAUAUAAUUAACAUUAUUUAUAUUUAUUGUAUGACUGCAUUAAAUAAUUUUUUAAUAAAAAAUGACAUUAAUAUAAAAAAGAAACAAAUCGAAAAUGACGAAGAAAUUAUUGAUAUGUCGAAGAAUGAUAAUAUCCAUACUAUUGAAAUGGCCAAUGAACAAAUUCUUGGUGAUACAAGGAUUCUAUUAUCUACUAAAAAAAAAAAAAACGAUCACAAUGUAUAUGGAAAAAACAUAAUAAAUACAGAUAUAAAACAAUUUGAAAAAGAAAAAGAAAAAGAAAAAGAAAAAAAAAAAUUUGAUAUUCAUAAUAAAAUAUAUAAAAAAAAAAAAAUAUAUAAUCAAAAUAAAGAUGAUAACGAAAUAAACAUAUAUUAUAACAAGAUAGCUCUUAGUAAUUGUUAUAGCAUAUAUUUAAAAAAAUUUAUUCAAGUAUGUCAAUAUAUGUGUGAUAAUGUCCUACGAAAUAUUAUAAUAAAUACAUAUACAUAUUUUCUAGAUUUAUUAGAUCCUUAUUUCGAAUCUAAUCAUGAACAUAGAAAAGACAUGAACGAUCUCCACUAUUCUAAUCACAGCGCUAAUAUUUUUGUGGAUAAAGAAAAAUAUUAUGGUAAGCAAAAAAAAAAAUACAAUAAGGAUGAUAAUAAAAAUUAUGAAAAUAUAUGUUAUCAAACAAAUAUGGAUCUAACAAAAAAUCAGCCACAUGGAACUCAUCCUUAUGUAAGCGUAAAUAAGAAGAGAAAUGAUGAGAGGGAGAAGCAAAAACAAGGAAAAAAAUUCUUUUUUUCAUCUAUUAAAACAAAUAGGAAGGGUGAUUAUAAUAGUGAGGAGAAAGUAAACAAUUAUAAAUCUAAGUAUGUUGUCAAGAGGAGUGAUAAGAACAUGUGCGUCAGCGAGAAGGUGACCAAUGAUAUGAUUAAAAAAAGGAAUGAAAAUAAUGUAAAUAAUGAAAAUAAUGAAAAUAAUGAUAAUAUUGAUAAUAAUAUUAAUAAUAAUAAUGAUGAUGAUAAUAAUAAAAAAAAAAAUAACAGUGAUAAUAAUGAGGGGGGGAAUGAAAAUAUGUCAAAUAAUAAUGUUUGUCUUUUCAACAUUACUAUUAGCAUUAAAAAUAAUCAUUUACAUAUAAAUCCAGAAUAUGAACUACUUAUAAAUACUAUGACUAAAUAUAUAAAUAAAAGUAUAGAGAAUAUAUGCAAGAGGGAAGAGUUUAUAACAAGUUAUAAAAUAAAAGAAUUUUUUAGAAACGAAAUUUUUAUUGACAAGAUUAUAUUUCAUAAAUAUAAUAAUGAAUAUAUAAAUAAUAAUAAAAAUGAUUUUAGUGAUAAAAAUAUGGAUGGUUUUAAAGAUAACCAUGUUGAUGGUUACAAUACAUAUAAUAACAACGCCAAUUAUGAUAAUAGGAAGUUUGAAGAUUUUAUUCUUAAUGAUGAGACUAUACAUAAUUUAGAUAUUGAAUUAAAAGAAAAGAUAGAACUACUUUAUGAUUAUAUGGUAGAUGUAUGUCAAGAAUUUUAUAUAAUAAUAGAUACUUAUAAUAAGUAUGAUGAAUUAAAUAUUGAAGAAAUUGAUAUAAUGGAUGUUGAAUUUAUUUCUAAUUUAUUUUUAUCAUUAAAAGAAUUAGAAAAUAAAAUAAAACGAAUGAGUAAACAAUUAAAUAUUCAUAUAUUUAAAGUUGAUAGUACAAUAUUAAUUGAAUAUAUAUUAAAGAAUAUAAAUAAAAAAUGGACUCUCUUAAUAAAUUAUUUACCUACAUUAAAUAAUAAAACUAUAGAGAAUUUAACAAAAAAAUUAGAUACUUCUUUAAAUAUUAUAAAUAAAACACCUACAAAUAUAAAUGAACUUGUAUCAUAUAUAGAAUUUGUUAAUACAUUUCUUAAUAAUUUAGUAUCUAUAGAAGAAGAAAUGGAAUCUAUAUCUUCUUUAUUCUUAUUAUUUAAAAAAUAUUAUAUAAGUAUAUGUGGGAAUCAAACUACAAAAAUAUUUCAUAUGAACCAAAAAAUGAACUUUAUUAAAAGUAUAUUAAACACCGAAGUAAAUUAUGAUAUACAAUAUAGUUUUAUAUUUAAAGAACUCAAUUCUCAAAUUAAUAAUGUUGAAAAAAAUAUACAAAACUAUUUAAACAUAAUGAAUACAAAUAUUAUGGAUCAAGAAAUUAAUUAUGACUUGAGUGAUAUAGUAGCACACUUGAAUUGUGUAUAUCCUAUAAAUGACAUAAAUGAAGUUUUUUAUAAAAAUUUUGAUGACCAUACAAAGGAGUAUGUAAAUAAAGAUCAAGACCACCUCGAUCAUACAUCAUAUAAAGGUGGUAAUAAUAUGGAAGAAAAUAAUAUGGAAGAAAAUAAUAUGAAAGAAAAUAAUAUGAAAGAAAAUAAUAUGGAAGAUAAUAAUAUGGAAGAUAAUAAUAUGGAAGAUAAUAAUAUGGAAGAUAAUAAUAUGGAAGAAAAUAAUAUGGAAGAAAAUAAUAUGAAAGAAAAUAAUAUGAAAGAAAAUAAUAUGGAAGAUAAUAAUAUGGAAGAUAAUAAUAUGGAAGAUAAUAAUAUGGAAGAUAAUAAUAUGGAACAUAAUAAUAUGGAACAUAAUAAUAUGAAAGAAAAUAAUAUGAAAGAAAAUAAUAAUGGUGAUGAUCCCAGUUAUAUGUUGAAAGAUAUGUUUUCAAUUAAUUUUAAUAAUAAUACAAUUUUGAUACAUGAAGAAGAGAAAAAGAGAAAAAAAUUUUAUACAUUCCAUGUACUAGAAUUUCUCAGAUUAAAAAUACUAGAGAUAAAACAAGAUGUAGAUAAAUAUAUUCAUUAUCAAAAUGUUUUAAAAAUAAAAAAAAACGAAUUCGUUAAUUUUUCUUUAUUGUGUAAUAUGUAUAUUAAUAAUAGUCUUACCAUCUAUACUUUCUUUCAAUAUAUAAAUCUGAAUGAGAAAUAUAGACAUAAAAAAAUUUUUUAUUUAAACAUAUCUCAAUUAUAUAAUGAUAUAAAUAAUAUCAAUAUUUUUUUUAAGAAAAUAAAUAAAAAUUUUGUAAACAAUGAAAUAUAUGAUAAGUGUAAAAAGUUCAAUGUGACAUAUGAGCAUGUAAUAAAACUUCUGAAAUAUCUACAACCAAUAUAUACAAAUAAAAAAUAUUUCAGCAGAGCUAUAGAUCUGUUGAAUGAUGCGUAUGCUGGUGAUAACCACGUUGUAGAUAAUAUAAAUGAUAUGUAUAGAAUAAGGGGUUCGCAAGAAAAAGAAAAAAAUGAAAAAAGUAAAAAUAAUGACACAUUUAAAAAUAAUGACACACAUACAAAUAAUGACGCACAUACAAAUAAUGACGCACAUACAAAUAAUGACGCACAUACAAAUAAUGACACACAUACAAAUAUGAACUAUAUAUUAUCAUAUGAUACACGUCAAAAACAUAAGUCCAAUGAAAAGACAAACGCCACUUAUGAUAACACACAAUGUGACAAACAAGAUAAUAUACAGCACAUUCAAAAAAAAGAAAAAAAAAUUUUAUCCUAUAAUUAUGAACUGAUAAUACUAGAGAAAUUAUUUGGACUUCCGUUUGGUAGUUUUCUAAAUUGUAUUGAAAAGAUCUGUUUUGAAUUUGAGAAAGAAAAAAAGAUUAACGAUAGAUUUGAGCAUAUAAAAACUUGUUUAAAAAAAUAUAAAUUAGAUGUUAGUCUUAUGAACAAAAAAGUAUAUUUUAUAAAUAAUAUAGAUGAACUGAUAAGAUAUAUUAAAAAAAUAAUAGAUGAAUUAUUUUUUAUACAGAAUGAUAAAUAUAGUAAACAUAUAUAUAAAGAAAUAUAUAAAUUAUCAAAGCAAUUAUUAAAUUUUAAAAAUAUAUUAGUUAUAAUUAAAAAAAUUCAAACAUAUUAUAUAAAUAUAUUACAAAAAUAUAAAAAUAAUGAAAUAAAAAAAUCUACAAACGAUUCAGAAUUUUUCUCUUCCAUAAUUAAUACAUAUAAAUAUCAUUGUGAAGAAUUUUUUAUAUAUCCACAAAUAAAUAAACAUGUUGAAAAAAAUUAUGAUAUACAAUAUUUUUCUAACUUAUUAAAACAAAUUCAAGAACUUAUUACUACUGUAAAUUUAUAUAUAUUAAAUAAAAGAAAAGAAUUCUUUUCUUUCUUUUUAUUAAAUGAUGAAAAAUUUCUACAUAUAUAUUUAAAUAUUAAAGAUAUAAAAACAUUAAAUAAAUAUAUACAACAUAUAUUCCCUUGUAUUAAAAAACUUAUCUAUCAAAAUGAAAUUAUUUGUGGUGUUGUCAGCCACGAUAAUCAAAGAAUAAUAUUCAAGGAAGAAAUAAAAUAUAAAAAGUUGGAAUUUUUAUUAAAUCAAAUUAAUAUGGAAAUUAAAAAUUGGGUUCAAAAAAAUAUACAAACGUUUUUAAAAAAUGAAAUCAUUCAAAAGGACAUAAAACAUAAAGAUAAUAAUAAUAAUAAGAAAAAUGAUGAUGAUGGUAAUAAUAAUAAUAAUAAUAAAUAUGAUGAUGAUGAUAAUAAUAAUAAUCAUGAUGAUGAUGAUAAUAAUAAUAAUCAUGAUGGUGACAAAAAUUUUGAUGACUCUUUAUUUUUCUGUCCUUUAAAAGAAGAUACUUAUUUAAUAUUUAUAACUAUUACAAAUAUGCAGCUAUUAUUCAUUAUAUUAAACAUAUAUUUUACAUACAUCAUGGAUAUAUUUAUAAAAAAUAUAAAAAAAAAUAAAUACUUAAUUUAUAUCUUAUCUCAAAAUGUGAUACAUCUAAUACAAAAAAUAUAUAAUAAAAAUUUAUAUUUGUCAAAUGGGGAUGAUAAUAUGAGUGUAGACAAUAUAUCGAUGAAUGAACCAAAAAAAUUAACCCAUACAAAUAUAAAUAUAAAUAAUAUCAAUAAUAAUAAUAAUGAUGAUGAUAAUGAUAAUAUUCAUAAUUCUUCUUAUUAUUAUAAUAAACAUUUAAUAUUCAUUCUUUUAUUUUUUAUGAACAUGAAAGAAAAAAUGUUAUCCAUCCUUAAUGAUAAUUGCCCCAAUAUUUCAUCAAGCCAUUUUAAUUAUCUAGAAUUAAGUAAACAUUAUUUUAAAAAUAAUGAUUAUAUUAUACAAUUUUUUCAUCAUAAUAUAAAAUAUAAAUAUGAAUUAUUAAAUAAUUAUAACUAUACUCUAGAUAUUAUAUAUCACGAAAAAAAUUAUUCUUUCUUAUUAUAUAAAUAUUUAUCAAAUCAUUUUAUUACCUUAUAUUCAAAUAAUUCUUAUUCAAUUAAUUAUACAAAGAAUUUUUCAAUACUUUUAGGUUUUCAUUAUUUUCUAAUUAAUCAUAUUAAUUUAAAUAAAAAUGAUAUCCUAAAUUUUUUAUCAUGUUCUGUAUCAUCUAAUAUAUCCUUAUUUUUUUAUCAAGUAGAUAAAUAUAAACCACAUAUUUUAUCUUUAUUAAAUAAACAAUUAAACAUAAUUAAUUAUCAUCUACAAAAUAAAAAAAAACAAAUUAUUAUUAAUAAUCAAGAAUUAAAUCUAAAUAAAAGAAAUCUUAUAUAUCUAUCUAUAAGUAAACAAUAUUAUCCACCUAUUUCUUAUUAUUAUUCAAAAAAAUAUUAUAAUAAUAUUCAUUCAAACUUUAAUUUCUCAUAUACCAUAUUUCAAUCUUCGAAGCCAUUCCCUUUGUCUAUUUUUUAUCUUCUAUACUUUUCUUUCGGUUAUAGAAACCCAGAUCUUAUAUCUGUAGCAACUUACAAGACAUAUCUGUAUCUAAAAAAACACGAAGAACUUAAGAGUUAUGUGAAUCAAAGAAAAAUCAUUCAUAUCAUAAAAUUGAGCAUAAGAAAAAAUAAAGAAGAAGAAGAGGAAGAAUACAAAGUGUGCAAGGAAAUUAUAAAAUAUGUAUCACAAUUUGUAGGAUAUGAAAAAAUUAAAGAUAUAAUAAAUAACAUUUGCUUAUUAUUUAAUUUGAGAAGAGAAUGUCAAUUAACGCUAGCUCACUAUGUAGACAAAAAACAAAAAGAAGAAGAUGUAGAUGGUGAAUAUUAUGUUGAAAACUUGUUUGAUGAUGAGAAUAAUACAAAAAAGAGAAAUAAAAAAUAUUUUAGUGAUUGGAAAAAUGAGCUUGAUAAAAUAAUUAUUGGUUUAAUAAAAAAAACGAAAAUACCGUUUUUAAAAUAUCAAGUAUAUAAAGCAACGGAAUUAUACAAAUUAUUGAAUUAUAUAUAUGAUGAUAAUAAAAAAAAAAUAAAAAUUAAUAAAGGACAAGGUGAAGAGAAAAUCGAAGAAAUAAAUGAAAGUAUUAAGGAAUCAACUGGAUAUAUUAAAAAUAUUUUAAUAAUAGGGAAAAAUUAUUCAGGUGCUAAUAGUAUUAUUUUUUUAUUAUAUCAAUUUUUAAAAAAUUUAGAAGGAACAUGCUUUUGUGCUUAUGAUAUUUGUAGUAUAGAUAAAAUAAAUUUACAUUAUUGUUCUGCUGAAGAUAUAUUAAAAUAUGUUUUUUAUAAAAGUGAAAAUAUGAAUGAAGAUACAAAAGAAAAUUUUGAGCAAAGAAAAGAAGCAGGAGAACAUAGUAUGUUAGGUUCUACAACUCAUAGGAAUGAUAUCAAGCGUGAUAAAGAAGAUAAUACUUAUAAUAAUAAUAAUAAUACUUAUAAUAAUACUUAUAAUAAUAAUAAUACUUAUAGUAAUAAUAAUUUUUUUGAUGAAAAAACCUCUCGCUGUGAUGAACAUAAAAAUUCAGAUAAAAAAAAAAAGAAAGUAAAUGUUUCUCAUUCAAAGAAUGUAACAUAUAAUAAUAAUCCAAUUAAAAAUAUGGAAUUUAUAAAUUUAAAUAUGUUUAAGAAGACUGAAGAAAGUAUUAUUCUUAAUAAAAAACAAAUAAAAAAAAAUCUUUUUUUAAAAUAUAUUAAUGUUAGUGAUAUGAAUAUUGUUGAUAAAAUUUGCAAUUAUACUAUAAAAAAAAAUAUAUAUAACCAAAUAAAUAAAGAUACUCAUACAAUUAUUAAGGAUGAUGUAAUUAAUAAUAAAUGUUUUUUUUAUAAACCUGAAAGUUUAUGUUCUAUGUCUCCAUAUAUUAUUGAUAAAUGUUAUUUUGUUCAUAUAAAAAAUAAAAUUCCUUACAAUUCUUUUAUCUCUUAUACUGUCAAUAAGAUGAAUGUCUACAAGUUUAUAAAAAAUAAAAUUAUAAAAUUGUUUGAAGACUUAAUUAUAGAAGCAUUGAAUUUUUUUAACAACGAAAAAAUAAUUAAUAAUAAAAUAUCAUCCUUUUAUUUUAAAAAAGAAAAAAAAAGAGUACAUCCUUUGAAAGAAUCAAAAAAUAAAAAGUUUUCAGAAAAAAAUAAUGUGAAUGAUAAAGGUGGUAUGCAGCAUGGAGAUGAAGAGAAAAAACAUAACACGAUGGAACUGACAAAGACAAUUAAUAAUAAUAUAAAUAAUAAUAAUAUGAAUAAUAUGAAUAAUAUGAAUAAUAAUACAAAUGUUCGUGGGAGGAAGAAUGAAAUGUGCACAUACUCCAACCAAAAUAAUAAUGAAUAUAUUAAGAAUAAAGAUAGUAGUGACACAGAUAUAAAAAGAAGACAAAAACGUGAUAGAAUAAAUUCUUUUGAAGAAGAUGAUAGUGAAAAUAUUUAUUUUGAAGAGAGGAAGGAAAUAUUUAAUAAUAAUGAUGAUAAUUUAAAUAUAUACAAAUUAAAGGAUGAGGAUAUUAUGUUAAAGAAAGAUUUAAUAUAUUUAUAUAAUAAAUCAGAUAUAUAUAAAGAUUAUAUAAUUGAAUUAAUAGAUGAAAAGAAUAUACCAGUUUAUAUACAUAUAAAUAAUUUAAUAUAUAUGUUUGGAAUGUUUGUAGAAUAUUUUUUAUAUAUAUUAAAAGAAAAAAAAGGAUAUGAUAAAAGAACUCUUGAAACUCAUAUAAAUAAUAUUGUGAUAAUUAGUUUUAUAUAUACAUUUACAUCAUUUAUGAGUAAAGAAAUAAGAAAUAGAUUUGAAAUAUAUAUAUUGAAAUAUAUUAAUAAUAUAUCUAUAAUACCACGUAAUACAUCAUUUUUACAUAUAUACUAUAAUAUAGAAACCAAUAAAUUAUGUAGACAAGAAAAAAUAUAUCGAAAUGAAAAUAUUAUAAUAGAAAAAAAUAAAUUAAUAAACAAUAUACUUGUAACAAAUAAUAGUUUUUAUUUAUAUGAAGAUUUAAAUAUAUUAUCUAUUUUAAAUUUUUUAAAUAUUUUGACAAAUAUUAAUUUACCCUUUUUAAUAAUGGGGCAUUCAAAUAUGGCUAAAUCUUUAUCUGUCUAUAAUUUUUUAAAUAAAAAAAAACAAACCAAUAACUAUCAUUUUAUUUUUUCUUUUAAUUAUUCAUUUCAAUAUAAUGACAUAAUAAAAACCUUAAAAAAAAAAUUAGAUUUUUCAAAGCCUACUGUCGAUCAGGAUAUAACCAUAUUUAUUGAUGACAUAUAUUGUGAUUAUCAUGAUAAUUCAUACAAUACAUUUCAAUUCUUAUAUGCCCUCAUAAAUGACAAGUCCUUUUUCGAUAUAGAAUAUAAUAAAAACGUCCUCUUCAGAAAUAAAAAAAUUUUAUGCACAAUGAAUGAUGAAAAUAUGUUGAUCGAUCAAAAACAUAAAUCGAUAAUAUCCAAGAUAUAUAAAAAUUUCUUUGUAUUUAAGAUUUCUUCUAUGACUAUAAAGGACAUAAAGAAUGUUUAUUCGAAUAUUAUAGAAUGUCUAUUUCUUAAAUAUAAUUUUUAUGAAGAGGUUGUAAACGAGUGUAAUAAUUUUAUUAGUCUUAUCUUAGAAGUGUUUGAAAAUAUAUUUCGAACAGACCGAAAGGAUAUAAACAACAACAAAAAUAAUAAUAAUAAUAAUAAUAAUAGUAAUAAUAAUAGUAAUAAUAAUAAUAAUAGUAAUAAUAAUAAUUAUUAUUAUUAUCAUUAUGAUAGUGUUUAUUACCUACAUAUGAACAAACUUAACAAUGUUAUAAAUUAUAUGUUAUUAUAUGACAAAGAAUGUAGUACCAAUUUUAAUAAUAUAUUAAAUUUAUUUAGAAAAGAUAUAGAACGUAUUUUUUGUGAUUCUAACCUAUUAAGCUAUAAAAAAAAAAUAGAAUAUAAAAAAAUUAUUAACGAGGCUUUUUUAAAAUAUUUUGACAAACAUAUAAUGUGCAUGAAAAAUGAUUUGUUUAUAAAUGUAGAUAAUUACAAAUUAUAUAAAUUAGAAAAUAAGAAUGAUAUAUAUGAAAAUGAUUAUAAUAUGUUAAGCAUAAAUAAUUUAAAGGAAUACUUCUUUUUUUCUUCAAAAGAUGACAAUAGAACAAAAGAUUUGUUCUUAUAUAAAAUAUUAGUAGAUCAUAUAAUUAGUAUAAAUACUUAUCUUCUUUUAAAAAGGACUAACAUAAUAUUUGUGAAUCAUCAAAGUGUGUUAAUAAAUAAAAUUGUUACUAUAUUUUGUUAUUAUAAAUAUUAUAAUUUGUAUGGCUUGCAAGGUCAUAUAGAGCAAAUUAAAAAGGAAAUUAAAAAGGCAUAUGAUCGAGCAAUAAAAGGAUAUGACAUGGAUGAAGAAGAGGAAGUAUAUAGGAAGGAAACCAUAAAUAAAAAAAAUGACAAAAAAAAAAAAAAUGAUGACAAUGAAAAAAAUGAUGACAAUAAAAAAAAUGAUGACAAUAAAAAAAAUGAUGACAAUAAAAAAAAUGAUGACAACAAUAAAAAAAAUGUUCACAACAAUAAUAAUAACAGUAAUGAUAAUUAUUAUAAUAACAUGUUCAAUGUUCGAAAUGUUUUUGUUUCCAAAUUGGUAGAUGAACCUGAAUAUUUAAAUUUUUUAGAUAAUGUCCUAUAUAAUGGUGGAAUAGAAAUAUUAUAUGAUUGUUUUAUAGACGAAUAUUAUUUAUAUAUUAUGAAUAUGAUAAAACAUAAAGAUAUAAUGAUAGAAGGAAAUUUUAAUAAUUAUAUCUCGUCUUUAUUAUUAGAUAUGAAUCAUUUUAUUUUAUACACUGAUAAUUUUCUUUUAAUAUAUGAAAAAUAUAAAAAUAAAUAUAGAAAGAUAUUUAAAAGUUGUCAUAUAAUAUCUUUAAAUUUAUUUUAUUAUGAAACAAAUAAUUUUAAUAUAUUUAAUAUAUCUUUGUGUAUAUUUAAUUAUAUAAAUAAUAGACAAACCUCAUCAUUUUUUUUAUUUAAAAAUAAAAAUAAAAAUAAUAAUGAUAUUUAUUAUGAAAAAGGACAAGAAAAUAUAUAUGAGGAACUUUUACAAAUGGAUGGAAUAAUUCAAAAAUAUAAUAACAAAGUGAGAAGAAAAAAUGACAAAAUAAAUAAUAUGACUUAUAUGAAUAAUAUAAUAUAUUAUCCUUCUAAAUAUAAUCAUCAAUAUGAGGAUAAUAUUUAUAUGUCUACUCCACAUUCUUCUUACUCUCAAUCAUUUUAUAAACAUGGAGAUGAUAAUUAUAUAAAAAAUAUAUAUUUCAAUAUAGAAUAUUUAAUAAACAAAACUAAAGAUAUAUAUACACAAUUACUAAAUGACCAAGUGAAUCAUUUUAUUAAUAAAAAAGAGACAUGUAAAAAAUAUUUGUCUUCUUUUUUCGAACCAGACUUAUAUAACAAAAUAAAUAAUAUUAUAAAAGAUAUAAAAAAUAUAAACAAACAAAUAGAUAAUAUUAAUAAAUGUAUAUAUUCAAAAUUAAAAAUAUAUGAAAAUAAAAUUUAUGUUACUAAAAAAUAUUUAAAUUUUAUAACCAAAGAUGAUUUUUAUUAUUUCAAAUAUAAUAACCAAAAUAAUUAUAUGGGACUUAUUAAAAUCUUAUAUCUAUAUAUAAACAAAAAUAAAGAAUAUAUUAAAAAAAAUAAUAAUAAUACAUUCACAUAUACAUCUUUUAUAAAACAAAUAAAAAAUAUAGAUAAACAUAAUAUUAAUAAAAAUAUUAUUUCUAAAUAUGAAAAUAUUUCAAAUGUAGAAAAAUAUAUCAACUAUAAAUUUAUAUAUAUCAUACAUCUCUAUAUAUCAUCAAUAAAUAAUUAUAUAAAACAAAAACAUAAAAUAAAUAAACAAUAUGAAAAUUUAAAACAAUUAAAUAAAAAAGCUAACACAUUGAAGGAAAAUCUUCAACACAUAAUAUCUCAAAAUUUAUCACCUCCAUCGCAUCAAAUAUAUGAAGAAGUCCUUUCUGUUUAUAAACAUAUAAAAGAAAAAAUGAAGACGCAAAAAAUAUUUCUUCUCUUCAAGUCAGUGAUAUAUACUUAUUGUUUGUCAUUCACUUAUGAGGAAAAAAAAAAAUUUUUUAAAUUAUUAUUAAAAGAAAAUAAUCAAAUGGAAGAAGAAGAAGAUGAAGAUGAAGAAAAAAUGAACAAUGUAAAUCAUAAAACCAAAACAGAUUACCAGAUAGAGAAUGAAGAAAAAGACAUGGAGAAUUGUGAUCUUCACGAUGAUAGUUAUAAAUAUAUAAAUAUAAAAGAUCUUUUAAAUUAUGAUAAUUUUAUUGAUAUAAAUUUUUUAAAAAAAUACAAACAAAUGAAUUUAUGUUACGAUAAAAUGAUUAUGUUUUAUUGUAAUGCAUUUGAUCAUUUAAAUGAUAAUGUGAUCAUAUGUAUAGAUAUUUUUUUACAAACAAAAAAAUAUAUGUUGAAAAAAUUAAUUAUGGACAAAAAAAAAUUUGUUUACAUAAAAUAUGAAUAUUUUUAUAAAAUUAAAUUAUCUUCUUAUAGUAUGGAACACACUAAUAGCUGUGAUAAAAUAAAUAAUGAUGAUGAAAAAGACAACAAAACAUAUAUUAUAAAAAAUAAUCAUAUAGAUAAUUUUAUUAAAAAAAUUAAACAAUUUAAUAAUAACGAUUGUUAUUUGAUUUUUCAAGGAGUUGAUCAAAAUAUAUAUAAAAUAUUGAAACAAAAUAAUUUAAAUAUUAUAUAUAUUUUUUUAAAUGAUAUUGCCAAUAUUAAUCUUAAUAAAAUAAACACACAUUAUCACGUUAUCAUGUGUAAUUAUAAAAAGAGAAAUAUAAUUAAUGUGAUCAAAUAUUAUUAUGAAAAGGAAGAACAUGAAGAUAAUCAUCAAGAUUAUUAUAUCAAUCUGGAGGAUUAUCAUGAAAAGGUCGUGAACUUGUUCCGUGAAUGCUUAAAAAACGAAAAAAAAAAAGAAGAUGUUGUAAAGCAACUAUCAGAAGAAAAAGACAAAUAUUAUCAACAUAUAAAAAAUUCAAAUAAUAAAGAUAAAAAAGAGUUUCUCUUAAUUUAUGUUUUUUAUUUAUUAAUACAAUCUUUAAAAUAUAUUAAUAAACAAUAUUAUAUAUGUAAUACAUUCUUCUUAAAAAUUCUGAAAUCAUUUUCUCGUCAUUUUAAUAUAAUCAAUAAUAAACAAGCAGAAAUAUAUAUUUUAAACUUUUUUUAUUUUCAUAUUAUAUCACUUAUUUAUAAUAAAGAUAUUCUCACAGUCAACUUUAUUCUUUCCAUAUAUAUAGAUAUUUUCAUCAAUAAAUGUAUUAAAUGGAAAGACAUCUUUUUAUUUUUUAAAAAUUUUGAAAAUAUAAAUAAGAAAAAAACUAUAAUGAAAAAAUAUAUAAAUAUAAAUAUAAAUAAUAAUAAUUAUCAACAGUUAUGUCAAAUAGAGCCAAAUCAAAAUAUUAAACAUAAUAUAAAUAUUAAAAGUAAAUAUAAUAAUGAAGUUGCACAACCAUAUAAUAUACAUAAUGAACAGAUAUAUAAUAAACAUAAUAAUAAAGAAUCUAGCCCCUUUGAAAAUAAUAAUUAUAAUUCUGAAAAGAAAAAAAUUAUAUCCACACAAAAUAUGAAAGAAUCUAAAAGUUUUAAUAAGGACAACAUAGAAAGAUAUAACUCAACACUACAUGAUAAUUAUUGUUAUGAUGAUGAUAAUAAUAAUAGUAAUAAUAAUAAUAGUAAUUGUAAUCAAUAUUCUUAUCAUAUAGACAGUAGCUCCACAAGCAGAUCCGAUAGCUCCAUUGCUGAUGAAACGUUCGGAGUUGUAGAAAAUGAACUCGAUACUAUAGAUAAUGUAAAAGAAUCUAAACAUAUACUAGGUGAUGAUGAACAUAAAGAAUAUCAUACAGACAAACAUAAAGACAUCUUCUUUAAAAAUUACAACGAAUCAGAAAAAAUUGAUGAUAAUAUGAAAAAAAAAGAUUCAUUUGAAAAUGACAAAAAUAAAAAUAUUAUAUAUAUAUCACAAAAUAAUUAUAUCAUACAUGUCACAAAUGAACAAUACAGAUUUAAACAACUCACACAUAAUCUAAACUCAUUCAUAAAAUUAUUUUAUAUUAAUAAAAAAAAAUUAAAAAAACUUUCUUAUGAUAAUCAAAAUAAUGAUCAAGUGGUGGAAAAUUAUGAACAUGGUCAGGAAAAUUCUGACUUGUUCAGAAAUUUUGAUACAUAUAGUGAAGAUGAGGAAGAAAUAGAAAAAUAUAAUAACAAUUAUGAAAAAGGUGAUAUAGGAAGUGUUGAAUAUUAUAUGUGUGAAUUAAUAGAAUUACAAAAAUAUAAGCGAAAUAUUUUUAAAAAUUUGAUAAGGAAUAUAAAAAAAAAUAAGGAAGAAUGGGACAAAUAUAUAAAAAAUAAGGAUAGAGAUAAUUAUGAUAAAAUAUAUAUACCAUUAAAAGAAAUAAAUAAGGAUGAAUUAUAUUAUUACAAAGUUAUAGUUGAUAAAAUAAUUAAGAAGGACAUGUUAGAUAUAUCUAUUAAGACUUAUAUAUCUAUAAAAUUAAAAAACAUUUAUAUAAAUAAAAAAUAUGUUUUCAAUAAUUUAUACAAUUUAAUAAAUAAAUAUAUGAAUAUUUCUAUAAUUCCAUUUGAAAUGAAACAAAUGAAUAUGCAGGUUUAUAAUAAUGACGAAAUAAUUAAAUUAGAAAACGAUAAUAAUAAAACAGUACACAUUUCAUUAUUAGAUGAAAUAAAGAAUAAUACAUAUUUUAUAAACAUGAUAGAUAAAAAUGGUAGGAUUAUCCUUCUUUUUAAAAAACACGUAUAUAGUUUUAUAAUAUCUAAAAUUUUAUUAAAUAAUAAUAAUGUUACAUUAGUAGAUAUAACAUCAGAUAAUUGUGUUCACACCAAAAUUAGUGAUAUUAUUAUGAUAGAUAUAAACAAUGAAAGGGAUAAUUACAAGCUUCAAAUUUUUAUGGAAAAAAAUUUAAACAAAAUAUUUUUUGUAUUUUAUACUGACUUGAAUUUAAUAACAUUAUCUUUAAGAAAAAUAUCUGUUGUAAUUAAUCUAGAUUUUAGUAUGUAUUCAAAUGAAUAUUUGAAUUUUCUAUACUUUGUUAUAAAUUCAAUGAAUAACAAAAAAUUCAGAAAUGAAAAUGAAUUAAAUUCAAAGUAUGUAUUUUAUGUAAUGCUUUUCUUUGUCCUUAUAAAUGAGCAAUCACAUCUAGAGAAUAUAAAAUUAGAUAUGGACAUAAUCAAUGAAUUAUAUUUCUUAAUUGACAUUUUUAAUAACUUGCCAAAUUUGUUAAGCGAGAAGGAGGACGACACUAUGAUGGAGAUACAUGGAAGAGAGUUGAUUCAGGAUGACAAUCAAAAUAAAAAUCAAAAUAAAAAUAAUACUACUACUACUACCAAUAAUAAUAAUAAUAAUAAUAAUAAUAGUGAUGUCAAAAAUGCAAACAUUGAUGUAAAAAAUAAUACAAAUGAAGAACUAAAUGACAUAUAUCAUAAUAAAAAUAACCUAGAUAAUAUUAAUAACUUAGAUAAUAUUAAUAAUGAUAAAAAAGUGUAUGAAUCAAAAAAUGAAGAAAAAUAUAAAGAAUUUUUUUUUAAAUAUUUCAAUUCAUUUUUAUCAACUGUGUUUUCUAAAAAAAUGAUAUUAAUAAAAAAUAUCUUAUCCUCAUUUUUAUGUACUUUCUUUUCUAUAAGAAUUAAUAAAAAUGUCUUAUCAAAUAUAAAUAACAUUUUAAAGAUAUCUAGUAAUACCUUUACAAUAAAUGAAUUAAUAAAAUAUAUUCAAGAGAAUUUCCAUUUACUUCAAAAAAUAUUACAACACAAUAAAAUAUCUCAUAUAUAUGAAAUUAAUUAUAAUAUAAAAUCUAUGAAAAAUAUUUUCAUAUCCAAUUCUUUAAUUAUGAAUAUGUACGAAAGAAAAAAUGCACUUUAUCUUAUUUUAUUAUCUUUUGAUAUUUUCUCCAAUUUUAAUUUCAUAAAACGCGGAAUCAACACAACCCCCAAACUAAAUUUCAUAACGGAGGAAUACAACACCCUUUUAUUUUAUGUGAAUGAAAUGAAGAGAGAGAUUCAUUAUUUUGUAAAGAUGAACGAUACAAAUAUGUCUUUGAAUAGUUAUUAUAUGGAUAUAAUGAAUGAUUUAUUAACAUAUAGGGUACCAAGAAAAUGGAACUUCCUUGGAAAUCAUAAAAAAGAAAACAUUAAAAACUUGCUCACUUAUUUAUUAGAAAAAUUAAACUAUUUGAAAUAUAUUAUCAACAAAGAACAAAGAGGAGCUAACAACGUUUACAAUAUUUCCAUGUUCACUAAUCCUUUGCUAUUCUUUUAUUCAAUUUUUUUUACAUAUGCCAUUAAUAUGAACACCAGUUUAAAUAAUCUCAGCGCCUCUUUUAAAUACUCCGAGAAAAUUAACAAAAAGGAAGAUGGCAUAUGGAUAGAGCCGCUUAAAAUUUAUAAAAGUGAAUUUACUAAAUCGUCGAACAAUUUAAUUCACAAUAGGAUUCAUAAAAAGAACAUAAUUUUUUUUAAAAUUACAAAUGAAGAAAAUAAAAAUGAUGAAUAUGAAAAAUAUAUGGAUGAAGAAGAAAAUACAAAAGAUGAAGUAUCGAAUGAUGAUACAUUUGAAAAGGAUAUAGAUUUUAUAUCUGAUGUGUAUAAAAUUGAUGAAUGGAAUGUUGAAGAAAAAGAAAAGAAUUUUUAUUACGAUUCUCCAUAUAUACUUAUAAAAAUAAAAAAAAAUAAAGAAUCUUUAGAAAAAAAAAAAAAUGAUAUUUAUGAUGAAAAAAAUGAAAAUAGAGAAAACGAUUUAAUUCAUUUUGAAAAAAAUUUUAAUUCUUUAUUUGAUAUAUUUAAAGACAAUGAUUAUUUAGAUUCUCAUGACUUUUUAUAUUAUUGUCCAGUGUUCAAAUAUAAUUCUUCAACUGGAAAAAAUGAUAAGUUAUUAUUCUUUUUUCCCCUCCCAUGUAUAUAUAAUAAGAUGAUUUACAAAAAAUUGAGAGUCCACAUGUUAGUAUAA